AUGGUGUCCCUCUAUUAUGAGUCGCAACUUCUUGCAACUAUAGGCAUCACAUUUCUCUUGUCACGUAUUGUGGUUCCACUUGACUCAGCCUUGCUAGCAUCAGAAGGCAAGGCUUUGCUUGAGAGUGGAUGGUGGAGUGACUGCGGCAAUCUCCCUUCAGAUCGUUGCAGGUGGCCUGGUAUAGUUUGUAAUCGGGCUGGAAGCAUCAUUGGGAUUUCUCCACCUUCAGAGUUCUUCAUGGUGGGAACUAAGUUUAGAAAUAUGAACUUUUCUUGCUUCUCAAACCUUGUUCAUCUCGACCUGGCCAACCAUGAGCUCAGUGGAGGCAUCCCACCUCAAAUUUCUGUCCUUUCAAAACUCAGGUACCUCAACCUGUCCUUAAAUGGUCCAGAAGCUGAGUUACAAUUAUCUUCACUUGUGAAUCUUAGCCGAUUAGUGAAACUUGACAUUUCUUACAAUUCUAUGUCCAGUUAUAUCCCUCCAAAAUUAGGCAAUCUUAAAAAUCUUGUUGUUUUGAACAUAUCCCACAAUGGCCUUUUCGGCACCAUCCCUUCAACACUUUGUAAUUUGAGCGAUCGACGCACUUGCUUGUCUGGUUCAAUUCCUUUGGAAAUAGGAAAUUUGGAGAAGCUUGAAGAGUUAGAUCUCGGUCAUAAUUACCUAGUCGGUCCAAUCCCUCACACACUUUGUAAUUUGAACAGUCCGACGCACUUGGUCAUGGAUUCCAAUUAUCUUGAAGGUGGCAUCCCUAGAGAAAUAGGAAAUAUGAAAAAUCUAGAGAGUUUGAACCUUGAUAAUUUGGGUAAGCUUGAAGAGUUAGAUCUCGGUUAUAAUAACCUUGUUGGUCCAAUCCCUCAAACACCGAGUAGUUUAGCCAAGUUGAGGUCUUUAAGUCUUCCUCACAACGGAAUCAAUGGAUCCAUCCCUUUAGAAAUAGAAAAUUUGAUAAUGCUUGAAGAGUUGGAUCUCGGUUACAAUAAUCUUGUUGGUCCUAUUCCUUCCACAUUGGAUUGUUUAUCCAAUUUGAGUUUUUUAGACCUUUCUAGCAACAACUUAAGUGCGGAGAUACCUUCUCAACUAUAUAACUUGUCGUUACGUCAAGUGUUAGAUCCACGUCUAUCACCUCCAAGAAAUGAAAUUCUCCAACAAAAUAUAAUUGUUAUUGUUGCUCUAGCAUUUUCCUGCAUCUAUGCUAAGCCAAAAUCACGACCUUCCAUGAAAUUUGUGUCUCAAGAAUUUCUAUCUCCCGAUAGAGCUUCAUCGGUCGGUUCUUUUUAUGAGAUUUCUUUGCUAGAGUUGCAAAGUCUUGGCAUGCAAUAUCUAACAAGUGAGACACGAUCACAUAUGCCAUAUCAUCAAGAUGAGAGCCUCAUUGAGGUGUCAAAUUUGACCUACUCGUUGAACUUCGAGGAGAGGUUCUAA